UGCUCCUCUUCUUCUUCUUCUUCCUCCAGUGCGAACUCUGAUCUUGACGUAAACUCAAACCCGACCGCUACCACUGAACCUAGCCCAUCCGAAGAGCUCCCGGAGAUCCCUCCGUACGCAAACACCUCCUUAGAGAUCGAGAAGCGAUGGAAAUCGGCGAUACUCCGCGAUUCCCGUCGGAGCUCCGCGCUACAGCGGCCGGAGCCGCCCAACUUCGAGAUCGGGUGGAAGCGGACCAAGGAGAUCAAGGUCGAGAAGCCCAAGGGGUGGGUCGUCGCGGACUUCCUCGACAAGCUGGAGACCUUGAUGGGCCGGGGGCAGUUCGGGUCCCCGGCGCUGCUGGCGAAGACCGGAGAGAUCGUGGCGGAGCGGGCUCGGGAGGAGGCGGAAGUGCUCCUCGCCGGAGGCGAGGUGGAGGACCGAAUGGUGACGGAGCUCAACCGCGUCCUGCGCCUCAUGGAGAUGGAUCUGGCCAUGGUGCGCGCCGCCGUCAAGGAGGAGACGCUGGCGGAGCGGGUCGAGCAAGCCCGCGCCCGCUGCCGCCAGGCCAUCCUGGUGGCCCUUUCCUUCUGACACCGCCCUAUCGUGCACUCAACUACCCAACGCAAGCGAGGUGUUCGACGAAAUGCCAAGGAGCAGUGCACCAUCCCUCUAAAAGAACAAUGGCAACCAGGGUGAAAGGACUAUUCAGGGGAUUCAAGCACAUAUCAAAGAUCUUCUGUAAAUGCUUUAAUUGGCUCUGUUGUUAUUUUCCUUUCGUUAUUUUAAAUUUGUGUUUCUCUCCUUCUCUGGUUUCUUCUGGUUUGGUAGCUGCUAAGGAGGAUGAAAUGGAGAUUGGACAUCCAACAGAUGUCAAACAUGUAGCACAUAUUGGUGGGAAUUGCGACUCUGUCCAUUCUCCAAGUUGGAUGAAAAGGUUCAAUUCCACAGCUGAUUUCUCUUCUCUCGGCAAUGUUGGGCAAGCUAGACGAUCGCUUUCGGGUUCUCAAGGAUCCUAUCGAGCAAGAGGCAUCGAAACAUCGUUCCAAGACAGUAAUAGCUCUGAAACUGGCACUCCCAGAGCUCCAAAACAGAUGAAGAGGAGAAAACACCGACCUGAAUCCUCCUCCUCAAGGCCUUCGAAAAAGGCAUCAAGAGUCAGAGCUCCAUAUGUAGCUUCACUGGGAGAUGAUAAUGAAGCACCAGACCAGCUCCGAGGAAUUUAGAUUUCAUAUCUGAUGAUAAGGAAAAUCAUAUAAAUGCAUUGAAAGUUGCUGCUCUGUUCAAUGUCUUUUUUUUUCCCCCCUGUUUUGCUUUUAAUUAUGGUGACAAAAGACGAUUCGCUCACCCAGUACCUUCGUCAGCCCGUCCCCGAGCUAAUUCGGAAGAUGUUUUACUUUUAAUUAUGGUUGUAUAUUGGAUUGUGAAUGCAAAUG